AUGCCGCACUCUUCGCCCACGGUUAUGCUCCUCUGGAGCGUCCUUUCUGCCAUGGAAUUCAUCUUUCUUAUUCACCACUUGUACCGCUACGACCGCUUUGCAUGCAUUCGAUGGGACUCUGGUAGACAGCCCGGUGCAUUCAAGCGUAUAAUGACCUAUUCGUAUCUGCUCUGCAUCCCCCUCUUGAUGACCUAUAGUCUCAUCAUGGCCUACAUCAAGUAUGACGAAGGCUACAUGGAUCUUAGAGCUCUCGGACGUGGUGUGAUCCCAAAGCCAUAUGCCCUGUGGCCACAGCACUACAAAGACCUCGUCUUGCCCGCUACAGUCUGCUUCUCCGUCGGAUGGUCGCUCGAGAUUGUUUCUCAUCUUGAAGAACUCAACUUUUGGCUCUUUCUCCUACAUCAGGUUCGUGUUAUUCUUUUUUCCAUCCAGAAAAUCUCCCUUGGGCUUGGCCUCUCACGAGUCCCCCGGCUAUCCUUGCUCAUUCUCUUCUUCGGCGCCUUUUGGCUAAUUACUGACAUUUCUGCUGUUUCGCCUCGCAACGCCACUUACUUACUUGUCGCCGUCGUCGUCACCCUUCGAAACACGCUUCGCCAUGCGCUGCUGCCGACCUCUUCCGACGACAUCCCCAAAUUACUGCGGCGACUACCCGUCUGGAUGUUACAGGGACCAAGUCAACGCGACUGGUUUAGCUCACUCGAGUUCAAGACCUGGGCUGCUGGCGCCACGCUCGCCGUCGUUGGAAUGCCCACUUUGACCGUCCUUACUCGCGCAGAUCCAUACAAGUCUGAAGCAUGGACCUGUUUUGCUGGUGGUGUCGGCUCAACGCUCAUCACCCUCUGGUUCCUCGUCGUCUUGUUCAAGUUUCCCCGAUUCCUCAAACGCGUUCGCAACGAAGGUGCCGAUGCCGAAGUUGUCGUUCGUUUGACCACUUUUGAUGAACUCAACCGAAUUCGCGUUGGCUUCCGCUUCUUCUUUGCUGGAUCCUUCCUCAUUCUUGCCACUGAUGGAAUUUUGCCCGGGGAUAAACCUAUCAACACGAGCCCGUUCUGGACCGACUUGCUUUCAAUGACUGGCGCCAUUGGUUGUGUCGUUUCGUCGAUGCUUACGCUUCUGAUCUUCUUCCCUCGUUCGAUUGCCAAAGAAGCUGGCUACAAGGCAAAGACGGUCUCUCUCAACUCGCGCGGGACGUCGAAUAACCCGCCGGCAUCGCCCACCGUCACGUUUUACAAUGACAAUAACACAAUGGGCAUGGUCAACUAUCCUCGACAAAGCAGUAUCGGUCUUGCCGUCACAACGGACCCUGCUCCAAUGUAUCAACCUUCGCCGACAAUGUACGCCCAGCCCGGUGAAACGCGCUCAACGACACCAAACUCGGCUAUGCUUCUCAAUGCCAACGUCAACAGUACGAAGACGCCUGCCGGUGGACGAAUGCCUUAUGGCGCAUACGCAUAUGGCGGCAAUCAUGGUGGUGUAGGUAGUGGCCCUGCGGAAUGGGAACUCGAUAGUCCCAGUCGUGUUCAUGGUCAUGAUAUUGAAGCAUAUCAUGCUGGUGCCGAUCCGCGAGAGUACCUCAAGAUGCAGAGCGAACAAUCACUUGCGCACGUUGAUCUUGGGAGUGUGGAGAGUGGGAUUGCCAACGUUGGUGGCGAUAAUAAGCAGCGCGUCAAGACGGGUUCCGCCCGUGCACCUGUGCGACCACCGCGUCCAGCUGAGCCGAUUCUUCACCCAUUGAUUUUGAACUACACGUCACCCAUCGAUCUCCUGGACCAGGCGACGAGCAGGCCUCCAAGACCACCGCGCCACCCACGAAGGCUCUAA